AUGCUCAAGAAAUUAAAGAAAUUAUUAAAACAAGGAUUGAAUGUAAAACUUUCUAAUGAAUUAUGGAUAAUUAUCUUUACCAUAUACCUCGAAGAAUCAAAUUUUCGAAAAAUCUUUCAAUUACGACGAACUUGCAAGCAAUGGAAUAAUGUUAUACCAAUAGUAGUGAACACAAUGAUAUCCAGGAAUUGGAAUGAAGAAUGGGAAAUUCGGAUAAUGUCAGAAGACGAAUCAUAUAUUGAUGUGAAAUUUGUUACAGGCAUACCAUAUUAUGAUGACUUUACGAAUUUAGUAUGCUUCAUUAAUCCUGUUCAAUCAUUUUUAAUUGAUUUCUCCAGAAAUUAUGUUUUCACUUUCACUUUAUUCUGUAAUGAACAAAAAGUAACCGAAACAGAGCAUUAUAUAGAUGUAAUGGGUGAAAGCGUUGGAGAAAAAGUAUAUUGUGAUUUAAAUAAUAGUUUUUAUUGUAUUGGAACUUUAGAAGAGGAAUAUUUUGAUUUCAUCUAUUGGAAAGUUUCUCCUAAACAAGUUUUUGAAAAAAUGGAUAAACUAUUUGAAAAAAGUAAAUUAUUGGGAUAUUAA